CACGAGCCUGUGCUUUAAAACACACAGCAAAACCCCAAACGCUGCACACUGCUGUCUAUAAAAGCAGCACUCUCACUCUUCAAUCGAGGCGGUCGCUGCUCGAUUGCUCUGGACUGACGCAAACAUGGCAGAAUCGGAGAGUAACAUUUCAGUUCCUGACUUGAAAUCUCUUCUGCAAAUGGAUCCUUACCUCAAGCCCUUUGAAAAGGACUUCGAGAGGAGGUAUGGGCUGUUUGAGAAGCAGCUGGCACUCUUGGAGGAGGCUGAAGGAGGCUUUGAUCACUUCACUCGCAGUUAUAAGAGUUUCGGCGUUCAGCGGCUGCAGGACAACAGCCUCGUCUUUAAGGAAUGGGCUCCGGCUGCAGAGGCUCUAUUCCUCACUGGAGACUUCAAUGACUGGGAUAAGUUUUCCCAUCCCUACGCUAAAAAGGAGUUUGGGAAAUGGGAGCUUCACAUUCCUCCGAAAGAGGACAAGACACCUGCUGUCACUCAUAACUCCAAGCUGAAGGUGGUUGUUCACACCAGUGCGGGCGAGCGGCUGUACCGAAUCUCUCCUUGGGCAAAGUAUGUGGCCAGGCAUGAGAAGUCCGUCAUCUAUGAUUGGGUGCACUGGGACCCUCCUCAACCUUACAUUCACAAGCAUCCCCGUCCACAGAAGCCCAGGAGCUUGCGGAUAUACGAGUCCCAUGUUGGCAUUGCUUCUCCAGAAGGCAAAAUUGCAUCCUACAGCAACUUCACCCACAAUGUGCUGCCCCGCAUCAAAGAUCUGGGUUAUAACUGCAUUCAGCUGAUGGCCAUCAUGGAGCAUGCCUACUAUGCCAGCUUCGGUUACCAGGUCACGAGUUUCUUCGCAGCAUCAAGCCGUUAUGGAACCCCGGAGGAGCUGAAGGAGCUGAUUGACGUGGCACAUUCUCUGGGCAUCAUCGUCCUACUUGAUGUGGUGCACAGCCACGCAUCCAAAAACACAGAGGAUGGCCUGAACCUGUUUGACGGCUCUGACUCCUGCUUCUUCCACAGCGGGCCCCGUGGAGAACACAGCCUGUGGGACAGCAGACUCUUCAACUACUCCAGCUGGGAGGUGUUGCGUUUUCUCCUGUCGAACCUGCGCUGGUGGAUGGAGGAGUACAGGUUUGAUGGAUUCAGGUUCGAUGGAGUCACAUCCAUGCUCUACCAUCAUCAUGGCAUCGGAUCAGGAUUUUCCGGGGAUUAUAACGAGUACUUCGGCCUGCAGGUGGAUGAGGACUCUCUGGUCUACCUGAUGUUGGCAAACCACAUUUUACACACUCUCUAUGAAGACUGCAUCACUGUCGCUGAGGAUGUGUCCGGAAUGCCCACUCUUUGCUGUCCAGUCCAACAAGGAGGCCUGGGUUUUGACUACCGCCUGGCCAUGGCCAUUCCAGACAAAUGGAUUCAAAUCCUCAAGGAAUUCAAAGACGAAGACUGGAACAUGGGAAACAUUGCGUUUACGAUGACCAACAGGCGAUAUGGAGAGAAAUGCAUUGCUUACGCCGAGAGCCAUGACCAGGCCCUGGUGGGAGACAAAACGCUGGCCUUCUGGCUGAUGGACAAAGAGAUGUACACCAGCAUGAGCGCUUUGAUUCCCAUGAACUCCAUUAUUGAUCGGGGCAUCCAGCUUCAUAAGAUGAUCCGACUGCUUACCCACGGCCUGGGAGGAGAAGGAUACCUCAACUUCAUGGGCAAUGAGUUUGGCCAUCCAGAGUGGCUGGAUUUUCCACGAAUCGGCAACAAUGAGAGUUAUCAUUAUGCCCGCCGUCAGUAUAACCUUGUGGACACGGAUCAUCUGCGCUACCGGCAGCUGUACGCUUUCGACCGAGACAUGAACCGCACGGAGGACAAGUACGGCUGGCUGGCUGCUCCACCGGCCUACGUCAGUGUCAAGCAUGAGGGUGACAAGGUGAUCGUAUUCGAGAGAGCAAACCUCAUCUUCAUCUUCAACUUCCACCCUUUCAACAGCUACAGCGACUACAGGGUGGCCGUGGGGCCGGCGGGGAAAUAUAAGAUCAAGCUGGACUCGGAUGAGAUCCAGUAUGGAGGCCAUGGCAGGCUGGAUCACAACACUGAAUUCUUCACUGAGGCAAUGGGACUUAACAAUCGGCCAAACUCUAUGAUGGUUUACAUUCCCUGCAGAACCGCUAUUGUUCUGGCCAACGAGGAAAUCGAUUACUGCUACUGAAACACAAUCAGCGAGAUGGAAAGCCAGCACACUUCUGUGACUCGACCUACCUCCAUUCACAGCCAACAUCCGUCACAAACCACAUGCUCGCCAGCUAACUUCUUGUGAAUAUCUGCCAAUGCCGUUUCCGUUCUGUCACUGUUCAUGUUAUAGAGAGUUCAGACAAUAAUCAACAUUUGCUGGUAAUUUACUCACCCUAGGUUCAUUCAGGGUGGCUUUUUUUUCUUCUGAAGAAUAUUAAAUAAUAUGUUUAGCUGAAAAAUGUGCUCAUUGGUGACUUCUAAAAUGUAAGUAAAUAUACAUAUAUAGGCAACACUAAACUAAAACACAUGGCUUCUGAGGACUUAUGAGGUGGUAAUGUUGAAAAUAAUGUUUAAUUUCUUUCACAGACUGAUCAUUUUGCUUCAUAAGACCUAAUUUUUUUCAUUAGAAGCCAUAGGUAUUCAUUUUGUUAUGCCUGCAUUAGGUUUUUUUGACUCUCAAAGUUUCAAUAUCCAUUGACUUGCAUUUUAUAAAUUGCCAUGGGCCACAUAUUUGUCUAAAAAGUCCCUACUGAAGAAAAAAUGGUCUUGAAUGACCUUAAGGUGACUAAAUGAGCAUGUAAAUGAAACUCUAAAUAUCCAACCCCGAUAUUUUUGUAAGCAAAAUUUUAAAAAAUUGUCAUCAAAGAUCACUGAUGGUUUAUCUGUGUAAUAACAAAUUCAAUUUAACUUGCUAACUUGACUAGGCAAUUAGGUAUUAUAAGCAAUAUCUGUGUGCACUGUGUUCAUAUGAAAGUAAAUAUAAUUCAUUUGCAUAGAGAAAAUGUGUUUUUUCUGCGGUUUAAUUUGAAUUUGAAACUACAUGCACUUUUUUGGGAUAUUGUCAGUGUAUAAAUAUUUAUGUGCACUAAAUCAUCCGAGUUUAAAAAAUAAAUACAUAAUGUGAGUGAUGUAUCUAUUAUAUUUUUGAUACACAAAAUUUGUGUGAAUUCAUGUACAAUGUUAUAUAUUUUUUUCUGACAGACUGUUGUUCAGUGCCUUUAAAAUUUGUCAGUCAUAGCCAGUAUUACAAAAACACUUUAUUAUUAUUUUUGCAACUUUUAGAACUCUCCUAGAGUAAACUGUUGAGUUUUACCUAUUUUUAAUUAAUUCAGCCAAUCUCUGGGUUUUCAGUGGGAGCACUUUUAGCUUAGCUUAGCAUUAAUAAUUGAAUCGGAUUAGACCAUUAGCAUCUCACUCAAAAAUUACAAUUAAUUUGAUAAUUUUUCUAUAUUUGAAGCUUGACGCUUCUUUGGUUUCAUCAUGUACUAAGACAAACAGAAAAGGAAAAGUUGCUAUCUUGAAGGCUAAUGUGGCUAGAAACUAUUCUUUUGCUCUGGCAUAUUAAUCAAGAAACUUUGCUGCCAUAACAUGGCUCCAGCAGGUGCAGUCAUAUUACUUAGUGUCUUAAACAGUUUAUAGCAACAUUUCAUUUUCCAUCAUCAGUCUCAGUACACAAUUUAACUACAGAAGAGUCAAGCUUUAAAUAGGAAAGUUAUCGAAACUCUUUGGUCAUUUUUGAGUGAGAUGCUAAUGGUCUAAUCUGAUUCAAUUGUCUAUGCUAAGCUAAGCUAAAAGCGAUCCUGCUAGACCCAGAGAUCGGCUGAAUGGAUUAAAAAAUUUGUCACAUUCAAUUGGUAAACUGUAGGGAAGUUGUAAAAUUUGCCUAUUGUCCAAAAAUAAAGUGGAGUGUUCAUUUAAUUAGACAAAAUUUUACUUAAUUUCUGUAUUAUUAUAGGCAUAAUAAAGUGUGUGCUUAUAACAAUUUCUAUUUAAUUUUCUUUUAAAAGACAGUCAUGUAGCUCAGAGAAAGUGUUCAUUCGCUGUCCAACAUGUUAGCGUCUAGUAUCAUAUAUUUUCUUUCUCUUUAUUAUCAACAGCUUUUCCAGUCUUCACAGAGUGUUAGUGUGAAAAUAAGAGGGAAUUAUUAUAAUCCAGAAGAUUCUCUUUGAAUCAUCAUGUGUCGCUUAUUUUCCUAGACUUUUUUUGUGGUUCCAAGAAUCUAAAUGUAGCCUCAGUGAAUUUGAUGAAUUCUUUUAGAUGUACAGCACUUGGUAGCAUAAUCUAUUUGGGUUAUACUGGGAAACAGCUUUCCAGAAAGCAUAUUGAAUGAAGGAUCAUCUUCACUGUGAUAAAUACAGCAGCUAGUGUUGCUUUUAUAUAUAUAUAUAUAUAUAUAUAUAUAUAUAUAUAUA